AUGGGGGCAACCCCAAUGGAGGAGAGGAGGCUCUCACAAGGUGGCAUUUACUCAUGGGGGGAUGUCCCGAGAGUAAGUGCGAAUCGUAUAAGAAAGGGGAAGUGGCACUCAGUGGGUCCCUCGCUCGUCUCAGAGCACACAGCUAAGAUGAUGAUGGUCACUUGCCUGCUCCUCUCCACCAUCUGGACCACUGCCCCAGCUUUUGUGCAAGUGAUGAACAGAAAGGUCCAGUCAGUCCAGGUGGGAGGAAACGUCACCUUUUCAUGCCGGUCAGUCACAAAAGACGAUGUGAUACAGGUGACCUGGCAGAAGGAGAUGGACGGGGCUGAAGACAACAUAGCAACCUACAGUACCAUGAAUGGCCAGAAGAUAGCCAAGGCCUAUGUCAGCCACGUGAGCUUUGCCCGCAGCGAGUUACAAGCCUCAGCCAUCUCCCUUCAUGGAGUGACCCUCCAAGAUGAAGGAUGCUACAAAUGCAUCUUCAACACAUUUCCCUCGGGGGCUGUCACCGGCAGGACGUGUCUCAAUGUCUAUGUCAUCUCAGACCCCAAAGUGGAAACUAAGCUUCUACCCAGUCCAGACAAAGCUGAGGACUCCGAGAAAAUGGUGGGGAUGAGCUGCUCAGCAACAGGGAAACCAGCUCCAAAAAUAACCUGGCACCUUCCCGGCAUCCUGCAGCAGAAACCAAGGGAGUACCACAUAAUGUUGAGCAACCAGACUGUGACUGUCAUCAGUAAUUUUACCCACACCCACUCCAAAAUCCUUCAGGAGUACCUCAUCACUUGCGUGAUAGAACAUCCUUCUCUGAAUGUGACCCUGGUCCUACCCACAGACAGCCUGAAGCAGGGUCCAGAGAGCAGCACGGCACCAGCCACUGUCAUUGCAGUGGGGGUCCUGGUGCCCCUGACCACCCUUCUCCUUCUCACCUGCCUUCUCUACCACUGCCACAGGCACCUACGUGACCCAGAGAGAAACCCCACCUGGCAGUGCUGGGUAGGUCUGCUCCUCAGGGUGCUGCAAAAUUCACCCCUGCUGGUCUUGGGGCUCAAUACCACAACCUGCCCAAGCCAGGCUGUACCUGGGCUGGAGAGGGACACAGGAAUGAGCCCCCAGCCAGACAGCUGGGAAGGGGAAACCUGAUUCUGCACAGCUGGCCUACAGGUGCCCAGGAGUGCUGACAGCUGGAAAACUUUCACUUUGCCAAUGACAAGACUUGCUGCCGUGCAAGCCUCACUCUACUACUAUAUUUAUGCACAAAAUAGUUGUGUAAGCCGUGGCCAGGCCCUUGGACUGGUCUUCUGCAGCUCCUAAAAUAACUUCCCUCAGCACAGCCAGUGCAGCUCACAAAGGCAGCAGCUUUGAGGAUGGGUCUCAAACAAAAUGUGGCAGUAGAGAAAAACCAUGCCUCUGUGAGGGAAGCCCAAGGUGCCAUGCUGGGGCACAGGCUGAGGCACUGCUGGUUGUCCAAAAAGGCUAUCCUAGUGCAGGGGGUGCAGGAUACAAGCCUGAGGUGGGGGUAAACUGAGUGAAGUGGCAUCAUUUCAAAAAAUCACCGUCUUAGUUUUUGAUGGCUCCUCAUCCUCCUUGCAUUUUAUGCCUAGCAUGUGCACCCUGGAUUUUGGUGAAAAUUUUGGAGAAAAAGAAGCAGUGGAGGAAAUGCAACACGUCUUCCAUGGGUGCUGUACCUCUAGGACCGAGUUGAAGGCUGCUGGUGGGAUUGCAAGGGGAAAACUUUAGUCUCCCCUCACAGAGAGAUGCAAGGACUCACUUGGCAAUAGAAAUAUCCGGGAUCUUUACCCUCACACUUAAAACUUCCAUAUAUUUUGAAGAAAUAAACACAACAACCUCUCUUUCAUCAGGUACUUUCUGCCUGCACCAAAGCCAAGAAGUGCAGGCAGUAUGGAGCUGCAGGCAGGUGGGCUCCUGUGGUGUCCCCCAGCUUCAAUGCACCACUGAACACCUGAGAAACAGCCCAACCUACACAAGAGAGAAACUCUUAAAAUAGCACCUCAAGCUUCCAAGCAAACCUCCUGUGACUUUCUCCAAGAGAAAAAUAAAAAAGGGACAAUUUACAAUAGACAUAUAUUUAUUUUAUUACACGGUAAUAUUCUGUUUUGUAAGAAAAAAUGUAAAGUAUUUAUUUGAAAUUCAAGCUGUGUGGAUCCAUUUAGUGGAACUCAUGCUUUCUAUUUUGGGGAGUUUUAACAUUAUUUAUUACUCUUUGAUAUUUUACCAUUAUAAGCUCAAAAGUGGAUGGAGGAUUGUCUGAAAAAAGGCUACAGCAUUUUGUAAGGCUACUGGCUUGGAAAGUGUUCCUGAUGGACCAAAGGAGCCCCCCACCAGGCGCUGGGCUGCAGAAAACCUGUGGAACAGCCCACUGCUCUGACCUUCAGGUGUUGCACUUGUUCCCCAAAGGGCACAAGAGAUCAGGCCAAGGCUGCAGCCAGCCUGAACUUAUAACCCAGGUGCCAGGAGCAACAGGCUUCAAGCCAGGAGUCAUGAGGAAGUGCCAAGUCCAAUUUCCAGCAACUUCUCCUGGAAAGCAAUGUAAAAGGCACAUAGGUGUUUCUCAGGGGUUUCCACAGCCCCCUUCUUAAUGUCCCUGAUCUAUCAGACCUGCCUUGUGUUUCCUGGCAUCCCACCCACCUGCAGGAAGAAACAGGGCAAUAAAAGGGCAGUUGCAGGGUUAGAAGGUUGUCCAGUGCAUUUUGUUUGUGUCCUGGUGUAGUGGCACUGAGUGCAGUGGGAAGCAGGAGGCUGGCAGGUCUGAGGAGGUGACUGCUUUAUUUAUUUCCGUAUGGGCAGAUAAGUACCAGUGCAGGGCAAGGAGUAUUCCCUAUCCUGACAACGCUUUGCUUCUAAGCAGUGGGUCAGAUCUGAGCUGCAGUCUCCUGUAACUCCCUGAAUUGCAACAUAUGCUCAUGAAGUCUUGUAGACUUAGGGAAGGAGAAAUGAACCCACCUGGCUCACGCUGGUUUUGUGGGAAGCCACCAGUGCAGGCUGUUUUCUCUCCUUCUGGCUUCCUGGAGCAAAUGCAUAUAAUCUGUUUUUUUCCUCAUCCAUGUAUUUCAAAUGAGCAUCCCACAUGAAUCACUAAGUUGCAGUCAAAAAGCCAAGUGAACCAAAAUGAAAGCGAGUGAACGAGUUAGGAAUGAGUAAACCUGGUCUUUGCUAUAAAAUACUUCUCUUAGCCCCCCCUAACAUCUAGAAAUAACACAGCUGGUAAGAGGAAAGGGGAACUGGCUGCAGCUGUUAGAAAUGGGGUUUUUCCUCUGUUGCCCCCUAAUUGUCAGAGGAGGAAGUAAUGGUUUGUCCAAACUUCCACCACUGUAAUUUCAUUUCUUCCUUGAUGAGGGAAGAGGCCAGGGGAGAAGAAGGUUUUCCCCUGGGUUUGUGGAGGGCAGGAAGGGGGUGGAGAGCCCCUGGCACCCUUCUUGAGCAGGCUGUGUGGCCUCAGCUCUUGCCAUUCUGCAGAGUUUGCACUUGCAAUUUAGAGCAGUUUAUUUGAGUUUUAACGUGAGGUUUCUGCUUGUGUUUAGACCAAGGUUUUGUUGUUUUUGUUGUUUGGUUUGUUGGGUUUUUUAAAUUAAAAAAACAUCUCUUGAAGAAACAGGGAGUUUAGACAUGGGUAGAGAAAGGGAUUUCCUGAGCGAGCAGAGAAAGGCACAAUGCCAGUGAGAAAUCCAUUCAAACCCAGGAAAAUGGCCGUGUCUAUUAUUGCUUUCUGCAAGUUUUCUCCACUACCUGGAGUCUGGGAAAGCAGGGCUUGGAGUCACAAAAGUAUCUGUGUGUGAGUUUGUGUUUCUUCUACAUUUUAGCUGAAUGUAGAGAUUUUUAAAGCUUUUAGAGGUUUCUGCUUACAAGCAUGAUAGGUCCAGCGGUUGGGUGAGGGAUGCAAUGGCUCACAGGUAAACUUCUGUACCAGACUGAUUGUUCAUUCAUGAUAUCAGAAUGAAAACAUAGCAUCCAGUCACAGAACACUUAAAGCCAAUACAUGCACUUACCUUCAUGCUGUACAAAGCCAUCUACUAAGAUGCAGUGGCAUAAAAUGCUGUGUGCUACUGCUGUGGUGUUUGGCCUUGUAGAAAUGAAAUUAAGGCAAGAAUACAGACUAUGGAUAAUUAACUGGCUGAUAGCCAUGGGGGAAAAAAACAAUAUGAAAUAGAUACAAACCAUCUUUUGUGGAAUAAACAAAAGCAUGGCUGGGAAUCAGAAGUUUUGACUGUGAAUGAUGAACCUUUUAACUGCUGUUAUAAGAUUUCUUUGUGAUUAGUUUGUGCUUGUCUGUCCAGUCACUUCUGUUAACAAUUUGUAAGAAUUCCUUGGAGGUUUUAUUUCAAAUGGGUUUAUACAGACACCUAGUGUUUAAUAAAUGUGUGAUUUUAACAAAUGGGUGAGUUUGAUCCCCAACACCUUUUGUCUGCUGUUGCCCUGCAUGGCUGUAGGUGGAGGCAGUAGAUGAUGUUGGUGUGGAGCUUAAAAUGAGAAAUAGAAAUAAAAUUGGUAGGAUAUUUAAGUGAAAUAGACUGCUCUAUUCUUCUCCUCCAAUACAAGUGAUAUGAAGCAGAUUAACUUUGUAAGUAAAUGGAAGCAGACUAUAUUUUCAAAAUAAAUUCUACAGGAGUGUUCUGAGCUACUGCUGCCAGCAUAAAAAACAAAACAAAACA